GCAUCCUUCAACCAUGGCAGAUCCCUACGCCAAUUCUCUCCAAGGAUUCUUCAAUUGCCAUCCCUUCACCUCCCACCCCUCCUUCUCUGCACUCCCUCUUCCCCGGCACAACAUCCUCACCAACUUCACAAACUACGCCACCUCUCACCUCCCAUCACCACUGCCACCACCCCCACCCGCGUCCCCUCCCCUGAGGGAAGCCCUUCCCCUCCUCAACCUCGCCCCCACACCGCACCACCACCAGGAGGAGGAGGAAGCCUCCUGUAGCUUCUUGGAGGAGGAUGCUGAAACUGCUACUGAUGAGAAGAAGAAAGGCUCGCAGGACGACGGAGAGAACGAGGAGGAUGCUGUGACAGUGGCCCUCCAUAUCGGCCUUCCAAGUCCCAGUGCAGCUGAUCUCAGCUCCAUGGUCUUCUCCGCUUCAGUAGAUGAAGAGAAAGGUCGUGAAGAAGAUAGAGAUCAUGACCUCGGUGACGAUGUUGGUUUAGGUUAUCCUGCGAUAGGGAGGCUGAGGAGGGGACAGUACUGGAUUCCCACUCCUUCUCAGAUCCUCAUAGGCCCUACCCAGUUCCCUUGCCCCGUUUGCAGCAAGACCUUCAACAGAUACAACAACAUGCAGAUGCACAUGUGGGGGCAUGGAUCGCAGUACAGGAAAGGGCCAGAGUCGCUGCGAGGCAUCCAACCGACGGCGAUGCUGCGGCUGCCGUGCUACUGCUGCGCUCCGGGUUGCAGGAACAACAUAGACCACCCGAGAUCGAAGCCACUGAAGGACUUCAGAACCCUGCAAACUCACUACAAGAGGAAGCACGGCAUCAAGCCCUUCAUGUGCCGGAAGUGCGGCAAGGCCUUCGCCGUCCGAGGCGACUGGCGAACCCAUGAGAAGAACUGCGGCAAGCUGUGGUACUGCACUUGCGGCUCCGACUUCAAGCACAAGCGGUCACUCAAGGACCACAUCAAAGCAUUCGGGAGCGGGCACUCCGCCUACGGGAUCGACUGCCUCGAAGAGGACGACGAGCUGUCGUCUGAGAUCGAGCAAGACUCCAACCAUCGUCAUCAGCUACCGUGAACCGGAGUUGCAGUCUACGUAGAUAUCCCUUGCUUGAUCAUGAACAUGUAAGAGCUUCUGUAGUCUCCAAUCAGCUCUCUUCCUCUUUUCUCUUCCUUGUGAGUGUUAAGACCAUGCAAGACACUAAAUACAAGAUCAUGUGUCUUGUAAAUCUUGCUAGGUGAAACCUUGGCAAUUUGCUCUAACCUUCGGUGCUCGACUUCUCUAUGUCUAGUAUCAUCAUGAAAUCAACUGGUUGGAUAAUGUUUAGACUAAGA